GGAAAACAUUUGAUUUUAAAAAGCGAGGGUGCUGUUGCAAUUGUAUUGCAGUAGUGAAAUGGCUGGUUCAAUCGGAAGCGGAGGGAACACAAGCACGGGUGUGGAGUGGCACGUGCGACCUCCAAACCCUAAGAACCCCAUCGUCUUCUUCGAUGUCACCAUCGGUAACAUUCCCGCCGGUCGAAUCAAGAUGGAACUCUUCGCCGAUAUUGCCCCCAAAACUGCCGAGAAUUUCAGGCAGUUCUGCACUGGGGAGUACAGGAAAGCAGGACUGCCUGUUGGUUACAAGGGUUGUCAAUUUCAUAGAGUUAUUAAGGAUUUUAUGAUUCAGGCCGGUGAUUUUGUAAAGGGAGAUGGUAGUGGAUGUGUUUCCAUCUAUGGACUCAAGUUUGAUGAUGAAAACUUUACGGCCAAACACACUGGUCCUGGCCUUCUGUCAAUGGCAAAUAGCGGACAAAAUACCAAUGGGUGUCAGUUCUUUAUAACAUGUGCAAAAUGUGACUGGCUUGACAACAAGCAUGUUGUCUUUGGGAGAGUGCUUGGAGAUGGUCUUUUGGUUGUCAGGAAGAUUGAGAACGUGGCAACCGGACCCAAUAACCGGCCAAAAUUAGCUUGUGUCAUUGCUGAAUGUGGUGAAAUGUAAAUUUUAACCCAACUUGGCUAACAAACAAUAGUUCUCUUAGCAAAGUUGAUUGAAUCCUCAGCAGCAACUGCACCUCCUAUACAGAUGUGGGCUUUCUACACAUAUUUCUGUGGCUUGAAACUAAAUAUUCUUGUCAUGGGAUUUUUUCUUCUUCUGUAAGACAGGAUAACGAGACAGUUGAGUAGCUCAACUAAUUGAAUAAUCAUGCUUGGGAAUGACAGAAUGAUAAUACUAUGAUGCAUCUUUUUUGCCCCAAAUCAUCAAAUGCACGCAUGCUAAUAUAUU